CUUGGCUGCUGCCAGAAGCUCGCCCGGAGCUCGCGCUGCUGCCCUUGCGUUGCUGCUGCUGCUGCUGCCAGUGCAGCCGCGCGACAUGCGGCUCCGGGGACGCGGCGGAGGAGCCGCCGCGGGGAGCGACUUGCAGCUGCUGCUGUUGCUACUGGCUGCCUUCUGCGGGGCGGCGGGCGGGCAGGGGACGCGGCUGCUCAGCGCUGCGGAUCUGAUUCUUCAGAGAGGACAUGCCAUUUGCCGUGGAGGAACCCAACGCCCAUGCUACAAGAUCGUUUACUUACAUAAUGUUGUACGCAGGGUUGGCUUUAAAGAAGCUCUUCAGGCCUGUAGGAGAGAUGGAGGAGACCUAGUCAGUAUAGAAACACAGUCAGAACAGAAACUGAUUGAGAAGAUGAUUGGGAGCUUUUCAGCAUCAGAUGGCGACUUCUGGAUAGGGCUUAGGAGAGAAUCAGAUCCUGACAACAGCACUGAAUGCCCAAACUUGUACUCUUGGUCAGAUGGAAGUUUGUCCACGUUUCGAAACUGGUACGCAGACGAGCCCUCCUGUGGAAGUGAAGUCUGUGUUGUGAUGUACCACCAGCCCUCAGCACCUGCAGGCGAUGGGGGACCAUAUAUGUUUCAGUGGAAUGAUGACAGCUGCAGCAUGAAAAACAACUUCAUCUGCAAAUAUCCCCAGGAAAAGCCAACAGCUGCCUCUGAAAUUAAUACCUCUCAAGCAGGAGCUGCAACAGAGACCUUUACACCCACAUCCCCAGAAGAACCCAUUCCUGAAGUUGCAACCAAUAAAACUUUCAAAGAAGCUAAAGAGCCUGUUUGGAGCCUUGCCUACUUCUUAAUCCCCAGCAUUCCUGUUCUGCUUCUCCUCGUGGUCAUCACAGCCAUUUUCAGCUUUUGGCUUUAUGCAAAGAGGAGACGGGAGCAAACGGAGAUGAAUGCAAAGGAACAGGAUACCUGGCUGUCCCCCAAGAGACAGAACAGCCCCAGUUUGGAGAUAUACAAUGUAAUCAGAAAACAGUCAGAAACAGAUCUCGCUCGGACCAGACCAGACAUUAAGAACUCUUCUUUCCGGGCCCGUCCUGGAGAAGAUACUCCUGAUGACCUCUCUGGGGACUAUGACAAUAUGGCUGUCAACACCUCAGAGAGCGGCUUUGUGACUUUGGCCAGCACUGAAAGUGGAUUUGUCACCAAUGACAUAUACGAACUGUGCAAUGACCGAGUGGGGCGAAGCAAAGAAUCAGCCUGGGUAGAAAAUGAGAUCUAUGGCUAUUAAUGAAGACAGUGCUUUGAUAUUGAGCUAAGUGGACACCGGAACUAGCUCUGGCACACAGGGACGCGCACCUUGUAGGCAAAGGAAUGUGAUUUCUGCAUUUGGCAGUGUUUGUGUUUUUACGAUAAAGGUUUUCCUUUUUCUGAAA